GCCCUUUGGAGGCGUCACGGGCGCUCGGCGGAUCCUGGGCGAGGGGAGGGCGGCCGGUGAGUGAGGGCCCGGGGUCGGCGUGGCUGGUCCGCCCGCCAUCGGGGAGUGACCGGCCCGGGUGUUGGGAGGGGGCUUGGGGCGGUUGCAGACCCGCCUCCCGGCCUCGCGUCCUCCACCCGGACCCAUGGACGCCGCCGCCAGACAGGCCGAGGGACGGCUGUCCAGGGUCGGGCGGGCCCGGAGGUUACGGCGCGGUGACCUGGCCCUCCCCGUCCUUGAAGGGGGGGCCGUGACCCCGCUCCUGGCCACACUUGCAGACCAUCCUGCAUGGCCAUGGCGUCCAGGCAGGCUCUGCUCUGCAGCCUGGCUCCUCGCUGCCUCUGGCUCCUAGGAGUCAUCCUUCUGAUGGACGCGUCCGCCCGGCCUGCCAACCACUCCUCUGCUCGGGAGAAAGCGGGCACCAGGGAGGAGAAUGAGAUCCUGCCCCCGGACCACCUGAACGGGGUGAAGCUGGAGAUGGAUGGGCAUCUCAACAAGGACUUCCACCAGGAGGUCUUCCUGGGGAAGGACACCGAUGGGUUUGAGGAGGACGCGGAGCCGCGGAGGAGCAGGAGGAAGCUGAUGGUCAUCUUCUCCAAGGUGGAUGUGAACACCGACAGGAGGAUCAGUGCCAAGGAGAUGCAGCACUGGAUCAUGGAGAAGACAGCUGAGCACUUCCAGGAGGCCAUCGCGGAGAGCAAGCUUCACUUCCAGGCUGUGGACCCCGACGGCGAUGGCCGUGUGUCAUGGGAUGAGUAUAAGGUGAAGUUCUUGGCGAGCAAAGGCCACAAGGAAAGAGAAGUUGCUGAGAAGAUAAAGAACAACGAGGAGCUGAAAAUCGACGAGGAGACACAGGAAGUCCUGGAGAACCUCAAGGACCGCUGGUACCAGGCGGACAAGCCGCCAUCAGACCUGCUGCUGACGGAGGAGGAGUUCCUGUCGUUCCUCCACCCCGAGCACAGCCGCGGCAUGCUCCAGUUCAUGGUCCGGGAGAUUGUCCGCGACUUGGACCAGGAUGGCGAUAAGCAGCUCUCACUGCCCGAGUUCAUCUCUCUGCCUGUGGGCACUGUGGAGAAUCAGCAGGGCCAGGACAUGGACGACAGCUGGGUGAGAGACAGGAAGAAGGAGUUUGAGGAGCUGAUCGACGCUGACCACAAUGGCAUCGUGACGAUGGCGGAGCUGGAGGACUACAUGGACCCCAUGAACGAGUACAAUGCCCUCAACGAGGCCAAGCAGAUGAUCGCCAUCGCUGACGAGAACCAGAACCACCACCUGGAGCCCGAGGAGGUGCUCAAGUACAGCGAGUUCUUCACGGGCAGCAAGCUGAUGGACUAUGCCCGCAAUGUGCAUGAGGAGUUCUGACCGCCCUCGCUCCCCGUGCCACCACGGCCACCCAUCGCCACCCAGAACCUUCCCUCUCUGCUGCUCCCAACCACCGCCGCCGCGGGGUCCAGGUUCACUGAAGAUGGGCGUGGGCAGGCCGGGUGUCCCCUCUGCCACCCAUGUCACAGGUUGACUUGUGCUUGGACGCAGCCCACUGUCCCCCCAGCGCGGGAGUCCCAUGUAAUCGCUGCAUCUUGCUUCUGAGAACUGGGAGCCGUUCUGCUGAAGGCGUGACCACAUCGGGGCUCCGCGGGCUCACCACACCGUGGGAAAUAACGCAACUCUUGCCGUUUCCUUGAAAACUGAAAGAUGAAGACAAUGUUAGAAUUGCUUUGCUGGAAACCAGUAGCCGGCAGCCGGGGUGGGUGGCUGCACCUCCCGCAUGUUGGGGAGGGGCUGUCAGAACCGCUGGUCACACACGUUCAGUCUCUGAGAAAACACAAGUCCUUGUGACAAGAGUCACAUUAAUUUACUUUAAAAUAUAGUUGCCUUUUUCUCC